AUGCCGCGAAGGAAGCGCACUUCACGAAUGCCGGUACGGACGGUAUACAGCCGGUUCGAUUUCAACGAUGCCCUAUCCUCCGACAUCGUCGAUGCGCUCCAGGCGCUCCCGUCCGGCUCUGAGCACCAUAUCAUGCCCAAUGGUGUAAGCCGUGAAAACGCUGCAAAACGUCGCAAGACCACAGAGGCUCCUCCGAAUGGUUCUAUCUGUGUUGAACAGAGUACGAUAUCCUUUACUCGUACGAUUGAGCGCCGCGAAACGAACGACCACCUGUCCGUCAAACCCGACGUCGGACCCCACGUCACCUUUCGAUACGGCGACAAUUUGCUUGGUCUCAGAGCCCGUGACAAGGCUAUUGGUCUUCCUGCCUUUACCGUCACAAUACAAAGUGAUGAUGUCGAGCCUGGAAUGGACACUAUGUUCAAAUUCAUGUCGCAGCCAGUGCGACGGAGCGCGCACGGAUUGCUAUGGACCAAGGUCGACGCACGGCUCGAAAUUGCGCAAGGCAUGCUCACUUGUGCGUUUACGUUUGCCAUAAUGUGGAAUGAAACUCCGUCGCCAUAUUACACGAUGCGAACCACUGUCGAGCGGAAAGAGAGCCAAGCCAUCAUCGAUACAUAUUUCCCCCAUGCAGCGACCAACUCUUCUGCCUGGUCGCCAAUGGACUUUUACGAAGCAGCCUACGUUCCCCCCAAAGACGAUGCAGACUCCGCAUCUAUUGAAAUCCCAUCAUUAGAUGCUACCCUUUUUCCAUAUCAGAAACGGACCGUGAAGUGGCUUUUACAUCGCGAGGGCACCCAAUGUACAGCUGCCGGCAUGGAACCCAUUGCAGACUCUGUUCCACAUUCUGUUUGUGAUACUUUUCGCCAAGUCAAGGAUGCAGAAGGGAAUGAUUUUUACCUAAGUGAUGUGUUGCACGUCGUUACGCGCAACAAGACUCCCUAUCACCUUGCUGACAGAGAAAUGAAAGGAGGUAUUCUGGCCGAAGAGAUGGGCCUUGGCAAAACUCUCGAGAUUAUUGGACUGAUCUUAUUGAACCAGCGACCAGAGCUUCUCCAUGAGAUACCAGACUCCCAGGAGGAUUCCGAUGGACUUUUGCACACAAAAGCUACUCUCAUUGUCACGCCAGAACCUCUCCGACAACAGUGGAUGACCGAGAUCGCAACCCAUGCACCGUCUCUCCGGGUCAUUCACUAUCAAGGCUGCAAGAAGCUCGAGGAAGACGAAGAAGGCACAGCAGUGGCCAAGCUCGCGUCGUCUGAUGUCGUCAUAACAACAUAUUCUGUUCUAUCCCAAGAACUCCACUUCGCUACUGACCCGCCUGAACGCUCACGUCGCUUUGAACGAGCUUAUAAACGCCCCAAGUCGCCUCUCGUACAAAUAUCCUGGUGGAGAGUAUGUCUUGACGAAGCUCAGAUGAUUGAGAAUGGUGUAAGCCAGGCUGCUUCAGUUGCUCGCCUUAUCCCGCGAACCAACGCAUGGGGCAUCACAGGAACCCCAGUCAAGGACGAUGUGAAGGAUUUAUUUGGCUUACUGUUGUUUCUCCGCUAUCAGCCAUAUUGCUAUGCAAAUCAAGUAUGGAAUGCGCUCAUCACCUUCCAUAAGCCGCUAUUCCAAAAAUUAUUCCAGUCACUUGCGCUACGGCAUACAAAGGCGCUGGUGAGAGACGAGAUUCUUCUGCCGCCUCAAAAGCGCUAUGUUAUUAGCAUGCCUUUUAGUGCGGUCGAGGAGCAACAUUAUCAAAGCUUGUUCAUUGACAUGGCAAAGGACUGUCAAUUGACACUGACUGGGACUCCGACGACUGACGACUGGGAAUUUGAAGAUCACGAGACGCAGAUGCGUACAUGGCUGACCAGAUUGCGCCAAACAGCACUGCAUCCAGAAGUAGGAGUGUAUAGCCGACGUCUGCUUGGACACAAUAAAGAACGGCCGAUGCGUACCAUUGAGGAAGUACUCAAUGCCAUGUUGGAGCAGAGCGAAGCGGCUAUUCGCAAUGAAGAGAGGGCUUAUUUGUCAGCCAGGCUGACGCGCGGUCAGCUUUUCGAAAACAGCCCACGAGUCAAGGAGGCUCUCGCCAUAUGGGAAGAAGUUCGCGAGGAGACAGCGAAGCUUCUUGAGGAUGCAAGAUCGAAACUCGCCACCGGCAUUCAAGAGCUGAAGCGAUCGCAAGACUCACAACCCGAGCCUGUUGCCACCAGAAUACACGGCUCUGAUUCUGAAUCUGAGAGCGACAUGGAUACAAUCGACUCGAGAGGCAAGCUCUCGGAGCUACAUCGGCGCUUACGUUCUGCACUGGAGAUACACCACAAGGCAGUAUUCUUUUGCGCCAAUGCCAACUUUCAGAUGCGCGACAACCCGGAAAUGACGGAGCCAGACUCUGAAGAAUUUCAUCGCCUCAAGAAACUCGAGGACGAAGGGUACGAGAAUGCAAAGGUCCUGCGACGAGAAAUUCUGCAAGAAAGCUACCGAAAGGCAAACCGUCAUAUGGUCAGGAUCAGGAGAAAAGCCAACAACCAAACAUUUGUGGAAGUCCCCGAACUUGUCGUCAAAACAGAAAAGGGUAUCGAAAGUGGCAGAGUCGUUGACCGAUUGGAAGUGCUCUUUGAAGAGCUCAACGAGCAGGCCAACGUCAUGGACGAAUGGCGGGAGCAGGUGGUACAGCUACUUCUACAACCACUUCUGGAUGAAGAGGAUGAUGUUGAGUUUACCGGUGAAGAGCUUGUGGAUUCUGCCAAAUUUCAAGACGAUUUAAUGGUCUAUGUGCAGGCGCUACGAAGCGUUAUUGCAGACCGCCAAGAUGCCUUAUCUGGACAGACGAAUGAGCUGGUCAAGCACGAGACUGAGACGAGUAUCAAACUAGCAGAAAACGGCGGCGGUCCCGCCCCGGAGAAGAUGCUAGCGCUACUCAAAGUCAGGAAACAGAUGAAACCGCACCGCUCGCAGACAUCAAUGCGUGGCGCAAUCGGUGAGCUUCGAGGCCUACAGACUCGACUAAAUCGAGACGCACCCAGCAGCAACCGCGAAGCCAUGGAGCUCCAGAUUGUCUCUGAACACUUAAAGCGCACGCAGGAGCUUCUGAGCCAGCAGAACAAGGCAGCGACGGCGCUCGAAUCCGAGAUUGAGAGCUUCAAGGAUGCCAUGAAUGCUCGUCUCGAGUACUACCGCCAGCUGCAGGCGGUAUCCGACGCUGUGCUCCCCUAUCAAGGCGACAAGACGGUACAGGUCGAAGAGCGGCUGAACAAGCUGGAACAGGACGCACACAAGAAGUUACUCUCGAGCGAGGCCAAGAACCGAUACCUGAGGAAUCUCAAGGAGAGCGGCGAAGGCGGGCCCGGCGGCAGGUCCAACGAGCCGCGCAUGUGCAUCAUCUGCCAGGCGCCGUUUGUGACGGGCGUGCUGACCGUCUGCGGCCACCAGUUUUGCAAGGAGUGCAUGAUGAUAUGGUACAAGUCGCAUCGCAACUGCCCCGUGUGCAAGAAGCAGCUCAAGGUUGAGCAGCUGCACGACAUUGCCAUCAAGCCGCAGCAGCUACAGAUUGUGAGCGAAGGCGGCAGCAACGGCGCCGGCCAGCCGCGACGGCAGCAUACCAGCGGCGGCCUGCGCAACGGCGUCAUCUACAGCGAGUUCAACGCGGACAAGCUGGCCGAGAUCAAGAACAUUGACCUCGACGGACCCUCGUUUACCACAAAGGUGGACACGCUCGUGCGACACCUGCUGUGGCUGCGCGAGGUGGACCCGGGCGCCAAGUCCAUCAUCUUCUCGCAGUACCGCGAUUUUCUAACAGUGCUGCAUAAUGCGCUGCGCCGUUUUCGCAUCGGAUACGCCUCCAUUGACGAGGGCGACGGCAUCGCGCGCUUCAAGAGCGACCCGGCCGCCGAGUGCUUCUUGCUGCACGCGCGCGCCCACGCCUCGGGCCUCAACCUCGUCAACGCCAGCCACGUCUUCCUGUGCGAGCCGCUGCUGCACACGGCGCUCGAGCUGCAAGCCAUUGCGCGUGUGGACCGCAUUGGCCAGCAGCACGAGACCACUGUUUGGCUGUACCUCGUCUCGGGCACCGUCGAGGAAUCCAUAUACAACCUGUCGGUGCGGCGGCGCUUGGAGCACAUGGGUCGUACGGCGACUGCUGCGAACGGUAGCAGGAAUAACAACAAAAACGGCAGCAGUAGCAGAAGCAAGUCCACACCGGAACCGCUCGACGCGAGCAUCGAAGAGGCCAACACGCUGGAGAUGGAGCACGCGGCACUGUCCAAGCUGAUGAGCAAGGACAGGACCGCGGGCGAAAUGAUUGACAAGGGCGAUUUGUGGGAGUGCCUGUUUGGCAAUGUACAAGGGGACGACGCUGCCGAGACCACCGCCGGCGGCGGCGGUGGCGGGAGGAGUGGCGACGAGCGGUUCAAGAAUAGGGCCGUCAUGUCGUACCUGGCUGCGGAAGCCGCAAGCUCGAGAAACAUUGAGUGA